UGUUUGGCUUUGUCUGAGCUUGAACAGCAGCAUCACUGCAGUGAGAUUACAAAGGCAGGAGGUGGAAAAACACAGUGUACGCUGAUUAAGGCAGACAGACGGAAUACUGCUUUCUCCAGGACCAAGACCUGAGGCACACGCAAGAACCAACACAGGAAUCAGGAACAGAGCAAACAAUCGUGUAGAGCUGGUGUUGAAGUACUGCAGUUUUGAUUGUGGAAUGGCUCUCAGAUGUGCACAGGAGCCACGGGUGACUAAAUGAGUGGGGCUUCAGGAGGAGAGCCAGGAGCGCCAUGCCCAAAUACACACACCCACACACAGAGAAGAUAGAAACACUAGGAAUGGGAAAACAGAGGAAAUACUAGGGCUGUGAGGAUAGUACAACCGGAUCAUGACACCCAUGUAUAGAAUACCAAAUCGACAUCAUCUUUGCCCAGACGUGGACGGACAGCCGUCUCAGUUACAACAGCACAAUGAAAAAAUUGACUUUGAACAGCAAUAUGGUUGGACUUAUUUGGCUACCAGAUACCAUCUUCAGAAACUCCAAGAAUGCAGAUUCCCACUGGAUUACAAUGCCUAACCAGCUGCUCAGAAUAUGGAACGAUGGGAAAAUACUUUACACCUUAAGACUGACAAUAAAUGCAGAAUGCCAGCUGCAGUUGCACAACUUUCCAAUGGACGAACACUCCUGUCCACUCAUCUUCUCCAGCUAUGGAUACCCACGAGAUGAGAUGAUUUACAAGUGGAGGAAGAACUCAGUGGAGGCGGCUGACCAAAAGUCCUGGCGUCUCUACCAGUUUGAUUUUAUGGGCCUGAGAAACACUACAGACAUAAUAACGACUACAGCAGGUGACUAUGUGGUGAUGACGGUGUACUUUGACCUCAGUAGAAGAAUGGGCUACUUCACCAUCCAGACUUAUAUCCCCUGCAUCCUCACCGUGGUCCUCUCGUGGGUGUCCUUCUGGAUCAAAAAAGAUGCCACGCCAGCCAGAACGGCUUUAGGUAUAACCACAGUGCUGACUAUGACUACUCUCAGUAGUGUCGCCAGGACGUCACUACCCAGAGUGUCUUAUGUCACUGCCAUGGACCUUUUCGUCACGGUCUGCUUCCUGUUUGUCUUUGCUGCUCUGAUGGAGUAUGCAACGUUAAAUUACUAUUCGUACAGCGCUCGAAGACCCAGCUGCACGGAACCUAAAAGAUUGAACUACUCCGUCCUGGAUGUGAGACCUCCACACACUGUCAUCACUUUAAACAACUCCAUGUACUGGCAGGACUUUGAGGACGCUUGUGUCUAUGAGUGCCUGGACGGAAAAGACUGCCAGAGCUUCUUCUGCUGCUUUGAGGAGUGCAAAGGCGGUGCAUGGAGAAAAGGACGUCUCCACAUAGAUUUACUUGAACUGGACGCAUACUCCCGCGUCUUUUUUCCCACCUCCUUCUUGCUGUUCAACAUCGUCUACUGGGUAGGCUAUCUCUAUCUUUAGCACACUGCAGGAGCCUACUUGGUCCCAAAAGAAGAACAGCACAGUUUUACAGAAGAAAUUCAAGCUUAAUAAAA